CACAGCCUGCGGGUUUUCCCCGGGACGUGCCACACGCCCAGCAGUCUCUCAUCUGAUGCGGGAUAAAGAUGGCUUGAGGCGCAGACACAGACCGGACCGCUGGAAACUUCGCACCGCUCUUCAGGGCUCGAGGGAGGAAGAAAGCUACAGGAAGAUAAAGCAGAAGGCAUUUUGAAGAUGAACAUUCAGUCAGCCAUCAGCCGUGAGAUAUUUGCCCCAAAAGAUGAAAAGUUACUGGUAGCCAUUGAGGUGAGAAGGAGGACGAAAAGGAAAGGACUGUCCUUCCUCAAUGCCAGUCGCAAGAGGGACUACUUAACUUACCUCUGCUUGUCCGUUACUAACAGCAAACCAGCUCAAGUCCUCAUCACUAAAGUUAAGAGGUAUCGGGGCACAAGACAGCUUGCUAAAAGGUCUCAGUGGUCUGUGGAGCAGCUUCGCCAGGUCAAUGGCAUCAACCCCGAUAAGGACACUCCUGAGUUCGACCUAGUGUUCGAACGCACCACUGAUCAAUGGGUGGCCAGCUCAGCUGCAGAGAAAUGCAUGUUCGUGCAGGUUCUCUAUCAUGCUUGUCAAAACUACUGGGAGGCCAAGCUUGCCCAAGCCAACUCAGCGUCCCCUGGAGACCAGAAGGUACCAGGAGCUCCGGAGAACAAGAAGAGCACCGGUGCUCCAAGCCAAACUAAUUUUGUCAACUGUCAGCAAAAACUAAUGGGAGAUGCUUGCUCUGUUAACAUGGUCAUCUACCGCUGCAAGAUUUUUUUGAACAGAAUGAAGAACAGUAUGACUCCAAACCAGGGUCGGCCUCAGCGUGAAGCAGCAGCAGCUGUCAAAGCAUCCAGGAGUAGGAGCAGGAGCAGCCCGUCUCCUCCAGCGGUGAGGAAGAUGGGGAACAUGAUGCGGAGGGCCAGUCAGGUUCUGAGUGAACGCGGGGAGCGUCUGAUGAGGGCUGAUGACAAGACCAGCCACUUGCUGCACGGUGCCAAGCAGUUUGCAGAGGCUGCUCAGAAGCUGGCUCUGAAGCAGAUUUAGAGGUGUUCCUGAUGGCCUGCCAAUAAACAUUUUAAAAAGUAGCUUUUAAUGUUUGCUGGAUAUUUUGAAAUGUAACUUCACAUCUAAUUCAGAUGCUGUUUUUAAGCACAAAGCAUUUUGUUCAGCUUUCUCUUCACCUUCACAUCUCAUAUUUAUGCACUUUGUUUUUCUUAAUGUGUUUUUGCAUUUCAAGCAGUUCUGUUUUGUUGUUUCCUGCUGUUCUGUCAGGCAUGAAUUUGCCUUUUCUACAGUAAGCACAAGAUAAUGUAGUCAGCAGGUGGCUGAUCCUCUUCUGCUGAGAUGCAUAAUACGACUGAAAUUAUGUUUGUUUUGCGGUGGCAGAACUUAAUUUUUUUUCUUGCAAAACUACAACAAAUUGCCUCCUUUAAAGUAAUACAUCACACUGAAAUGAAAGGAGCAUAGCAGCAUUUGUUUUGACUAUUAAUUAUGGCAUUUUUAGGGUUAGGGUUAUUUUUGGUUGAUAUUUAUUAAAUCUAAUGCAGGUUUAGAACUUCAGGUGGUAAUUAUUAUUUUUUUAACUCUUAAAAUAAUAUGAUUAUGUAGUUAUAUAUCGUUCAAAUAUACACAUUUUAGUAUAACUUAAAGUUGAAUGACAUUACUUAUUUAAUAUUUGACAUAUUUAUGGGUGUUCAGAUUCUGAUUGCCCACAUGAUAAUGGUUAAUUUAACAGUGGUAAGUUACUUCAAUUGAUAUUAUAUAAACAGAAAUGAUAUACUCAUGAAUGGCUGUACGUCCCUCUGAUGUUAAUUUCUGAACACAUGAGGAGGCUGCUUUUAUCUGCUUUUUAGAUGAUGUUCCUUAAAGAUGCUACAAGUGUUUCAUUUCAUUGCGAAUGCAUUGUUUAUCUAUUUGAAUGUGAUCUGUGUGUAAAUAAUAGAUUUUUGUUCUUCUGUCACGGCUGUCUUAGUCUCCUAAAUUCUGUGUAAUGUGACAACGGUCAGCUUUGUUUGUGUUGUGAUUGUGAUCAGCAGGAGCAGGAGCUGCAUGUCAUAAGAGGCCAGAGGGUGUUUUCCGCACAGAGUCGGACACCCUGUUUUGGUGUUGGCAUGUGUGAUGCAUCCUGUUUACUGCUGUUGUCCCUAUGCUGUCAUUUUGUCGUCUCCUAUGUGUUGUAUUGCAUUUUGUAUCCACUUUGUAUGUCAUAAUAUAUGUGUAACAGCAAAUUCUAUAUGUUCUUGUCUAUGUCUGUGCUCUUGUGCACAUUUAAAAUUUGUUAAAUGUGUAAACACCCAUCAUUUGAGCAAUAAAUGAAACGGGACCCA